AUGCCGCCUCAGCUCCGUUCGCAUAACCCGCGGGUCCUACCGCCCGGCUGCGGCCCUCAACUGCAAGAUCUCCUCCAUCGCGCCCAAACUGUCGCCCGCCUGCUAGGGGAGAUUAACCAGCUCUUUGCGACCCAUCAGCAGUUAGUGGCGGCUGGCCAGUCUGAUGCUACGGAGCUCCACGAGUACAGCGCUCGGAUGCGCGAGUUAAUGGAUGAGGCGUUCCGAGCGACCUAUUUUGUCAGCCUGGGCCUGUUCCGGCUGCUGUGGGACUAUCUGGGGGGGACCGUCCGCGACCUCUGUACGACAGUCUUCCUGGAUCGUGAGGCAGAAUAG